CCAUGAUGGACUUUGGUAAAGCUGAGAGGAGGUUGCAAUACAUGGGUGAAGAUUAUUAUCAUGAUUCUGUGAUCGUAACUUGGAAAGGGCAUGAGAUUCAACUCAUGAAAAUUAUAACUGUCCUCACAACCAUUGAUCUUUCAAAUAACAAUUUUCUUGGAGAGAUUCCAGAAGUCAUUGAAAAGCUUCAUGCUCUUUGUCUUCUCAAUCUUUCUCAAAACAACCUCACAGGUUGUAUCCCACCAUCUAUUGGAAAUAUGAUUGCUUUGGAAUCCUUAGACCUCUCUUCAAAUAAGCUUAUUGGAAAAAUUCCUAGUGAGUUGACCAAAUUGAAUUUUCUUCAAGUUCUAGACUUGUCACAAAACCAUCUUAGCGGACCCAUACCUCGAGACAAUCACUUUGAUACCUUCCCAAACAAUUCAUAUGAUGGGAAUUUGGCAUUAUGUGGAUUUCCUUUGUCAAACACAUGUGAAACUUAUGAUGAGACACCACAACCACUCUUAAAAUCAGGUGAUGGAGAAUCCUCAAAUGGUUUUGGUUGGAAAGUUGUUUUGAUUGGCUACGGAUGUGGAAUGGUAUUAGGAGUUACGAUGGGAUAUCUUGUGUUCUCAAUAGGAAAGCCUUUGUGGCUUAUAAGGAUCGUUGAAGGAAGACAACCUAGAAAAAAGAGAAGGUUGAACAACAAACGUGGAAGAAGAAGCACUUAGUUGAUUCAAAAAGUUCUCAUGCGUGAGCAUUAGUGCAAACUUGCUUGUUGAAAAUAUGCAGUAUUU